AUGUGGGGGCGCGCGGCCUGGAGGCGCUGCCCGCGGGGGCUGCGGCGCGGCCGCGAGGCGCUGCUGACGCUGCUGGCCUUGCUAGCGUUGGCCGGGCUGGGCUCUGUGCUGCGGGAGCGGCGCGGGGCCAGGGCGGCUGAGCCAGGACCCCUGCGCACCCCGCGCCUGGGGCGGCGCGACCCGGUCCUGCCGCGGCCGCCGGUACCCGGCGACGCUCUGGGCGCGCGGGGCGAGGCGGUGCAGCUGCAGCUGCAGGACGAGGAGCUGCGGCUGCAGGAGGAGAGCGUGCAGCUGCACCAGAUCAACAUCUACCUUAGCGACCGCAUCUCGCUGCACCGCCGCCUGCCCGAGCGCUGGAACCCGCUGUGCAAAGAGAAGAAAUAUGAUUAUGAUAAUCUGCCCACGACAUCUGUUGUCAUAGCGUUUUAUAACGAAGCCUGGUCGACCCUCCUCCGGACAGUUUACAGUGUCCUCGAGACGUCCCCAGACAUCCUGCUAGAAGAAGUCAUCCUUGUAGAUGACUACAGUGAUAGAGAACACCUGAAGGAGCGCUUGGCUGAUGAGCUGUCUGGGCUGCCCAAGGUGCGUCUGAUCCGCGCCAACAAGAGGGAGGGCCUGGUGCGAGCCCGGCUUUUGGGCGCUUCCGCGGCAAAAGGUGAAGUGCUGACCUUCCUGGACUGCCACUGUGAGUGCCACGAGGGGUGGCUCGAGCCGCUGCUGCAGAGGAUCCACGAAGAGGAGUCGGCAGUGGUGUGCCCUGUGAUCGAUGUGAUCGACUGGAACACGUUUGAGUACCUGGGCAACUCCGGGGAGCCUCAGAUCGGUGGCUUCGACUGGAGGCUGGUGUUCACUUGGCACGUGGUCCCCGAGAGGGAGAGGAUGCGGAUGCAGUCCCCCAUUGAUGUCAUCAGGUCUCCAACAAUGGCUGGAGGGCUGUUUGCUGUGAGUAAGAAAUAUUUUGAAUAUCUGGGGUCUUAUGAUGUGGGAAUGGAAGUUUGGGGCGGAGAAAACCUCGAAUUCUCCUUUAGGAUCUGGCAGUGCGGCGGGACCCUGGAGACACAUCCCUGCUCUCACGUUGGCCACGUUUUCCCCAAGCAAGCUCCCUACUCCCGCAACAAGGCUCUGGCCAACAGCGUCCGAGCUGCUGAAGUGUGGAUGGAUGAAUAUAAAGAGCUCUACUACCAUCGCAACCCGCAUGCCCGCUUGGAACCCUUUGGGGAUGUGACUGAGAGGAAGCAGCUCCGUGCAAAGCUCCAGUGUAAGGACUUCAGGUGGUUCUUGGAGAACGUGUACCCAGAACUGCAUGUGCCUGAAGACAGGCCUGGCUUCUUCGGGAUGCUCCAGAACAAAGGACUGAAAGAUUACUGCUUUGAUUAUAACCCUCCCAGUGAAAACCAAAUCGUAGGACACCAGGUCCUUCUAUACCUCUGUCACGGAAUGGGUCAGAACCAGUUUUUCGAGUACACGUCCCAGAAGGAAAUACGCUAUAACACCCACCAGCCAGAGGCCUGCAUCACUGUGGAGGCAGGAACGGACACCCUCGUCAUGCAUCUCUGCCAGGAAACUGCCCCAGAGAAUCAGAAGUUCAUCUUGCAGGAGGAUGGUUCGUUAUUUCACGCACAGUCCAAUAAAUGCAUUCAGGCUGAGAGGAAGGCGUUCAGUAGUGACAGUUUUGUACCCCUCUUGCGGGACUGCACCGACUCCGAACAUCAGAAAUGGUUCUUCAAGGAACACAUGUGAUAAAGCAUCGUGGUACAAGGAGCUCAUGGAAGGAGUGGGAAGGCCCCUGGACUCUGCCCAAGAGAGACUCAGCAGAGUCCAGUGACAGACCCACCCCAAAGCUGGCUGCUUUCCUUUCAUAAGGAAGUCACUUUACAACCUGUGAAAGUGAUGUUGGAUUUAAGAAGCUUUGUACUGAUUUUGAAAACUAGAAAAUUGCUCCCAAAUACCCUAUUUUCAAAGGGUAGUCAUAAAAUGUUAACUCUUGGUAUUCAGAGAAUUAAAACCUUUAAAUAUUUUUCUAUAAAGAU